AAUUGGACUCUUCCCUCUAGUCCUUAGAAAGAAACUGGAAGUUAAUCCGGGAUGAAGGCCUUGCAGUGAUGGAUAAAGCCAAAGGCCUCUUCCUGCCUGAAGAUGAAAACCUGAGGGAGAAAGGCGACUGGAGCCAGUUUACACUGUGGCAGCAAGGAAGAAAAAAUGAAAAUGCCUGUAAAGGAGCUCCUAAAACCUGUUCUUUACUAGAUAAAUUUCCUGAGACAACAGGAUGCAGAAGAGGACAGAUCAAAUAUUCCAUCAUGCACCCAGGAACUCACGUGUGGCCACACACGGGGCCCACCAACUGCAGGCUCCGAAUGCACCUGGGCUUGGUGAUUCCCAAGGAAGGCUGCAAGAUCCGAUGUGCCAACGAGACCAAGACAUGGGAAGAAGGCAAGGUGCUCAUCUUUGACGACUCUUUUGAGCACGAGGUGUGGCAGGACGCCGCGACUUUCCGGCUGAUCUUCAUUGUGGAUGUGUGGCACCCAGAGCUGACACCCCAGCAGAGACAGAGCCUUCCGGCGAUUUAGCAUGUCGUGCAGGCUUGGGACACACUGGAGAGAGGCUGCCUUGCUGGCUCUGUCUCCUUGGGUGUAGGGGUAGAGGUUCCGAGUCUGAAGGCCCUUCAUUCCCUUGACGGGCAGCUCCCAAAAUUCUAAGGCUCCUCCUAGGGUUAGAAGACACUAAAUGGAAUAUUUUGCCUUGCUGUAAUUCACGUAGAAAGCGCCCUGCUGUCCUUCAUCCCACGACAGCACCCAUCCGAUGCCGUAUUUCCAGUGAAGACAUGAGAGCUUCUGCCUUGUCAGCCAAAGAUAUUUUUCCCACUUAGAAGAGGCCUGAAUCAGUGUACAAUGAGAAUAUAUGUAGAAACUGUGAAUGGAUCACUUUAGUAAUUUUUCUAUGCAAUUAUAUUUUUCUAGGGUAGCUAGGCCAUGUUUUUCAUCAUGUACCACUACUUUUUUCUUGAGUUUAAUAGUAAGCUGUGUAAAUGCUUUACUUCUAGCUGCUUAAUGGUGACUUCCCCCAUGAACUCAGACUUCCCUCUUUUAAUUAUUUUUAGUAAAAGACACUCAUAAAGAAGCAAUUUUAUUUUCCUGAUCCAAAGGAGAAAGAUGUAAUUAUGCUGAUGUCUGUGAACCGUAUUGCUUCCCACCCACUGAGACUGUUUGCUUUCUUAUCUUCAUUGAAAGCCAUUGUCUUAAUGUGUCUCCUCGCCAUGCACAUGGUAGAGAUGCUGUCUUUCCAAGAGGAGCUUUUCAUCCUGAAACAGGACAUGGAGUCAUUUUAUCUUGAGUCAUAAAAGUGCCACCUAUAAUUUUUUUUAAUGCCAAGAAUUAGAACGUGAAAAAAAAAAAGUAACAUUUCUCAAAGUAAAAAUUUUCUCUCAGGGUCAGGUAGAUAGGUAGCUGCUAGGACAUCUGGCUCCUUGGCCUCUUUGGCAUCUGAGACAGGGCUGGAAUCCAGAGUCUCUUUGCCUAUUGUAGAUCCCUGUGAGCGAGGAGGUCCUUACAUGGAUCCCCAUCACAGCUUUGUAAAAAUAUAAAAGAUGGCAGAGCAGAAGACCAAGAAUCCCAGGAUCUUAGUGCUGGGUUUAGGAUUGCCUUCUUCUUUGAAAGAGUUUGGAAGACUCUUCCAUUUCCUUGGCUUGAGAAACUUCUGCCAUUUAAAUAUAGCUUAGAAGUAGCAGUUGUUAUCCAUAGUUUAGCUUUAAUAAUAUCCACAGCAUAGAAAUAACAGUUGAAAAAAUGGCCUUGCCUACUUAUUCCAAAGACAAUCAAAUUAUUAAUUUAGAAGGGCAUUAAUGUAUUAAAUAUUGCAUGUUUCCAAUCAAACUAGAAAUGUUAGCUAUAUGAAUGUAAGGCUAUUCCUGCACCUGAAUUUUAAGCCAAUAUGAACAAAAAUUCUGAAGAAAUGACACCGAGGUUACCAGAUUUCAUUCAGGGGUAGAAAAAAACACUUGUGCUUCCUUUCCAUCUAAGGACAAAGGAGGAUGCUUUCUUUAUCUCUUUUAAAAAGAGUUCUUUACCAUUGAAAGGUACCCUUUUUGCUUGACAUUAGCUUCCAGUUAGAAGGGUUUGCAAAAUAUUGGUCCUGUUCCCUUUUGUUUUGCCAAAAACAAUCCCACUAAUAUAGAUGAAGAAGCAUGUGAGGAAAGUCUCCAAAUUAAUUACCAAAGCCCAGAAGAAAAAGCAAGCUCUUGAAAAAUCAAAAGGUGUUGUGUCCUUCAGUAUUUAUUGAACAGAAGAAAUGACUGACAGAGGACAAUACAAUCCAUUGCUCAUGUAAUAACAUUCAUGUCACUUACUGAAUUUGGUUCUUGGAUGUAUAUUGCAUACACAUAAAGAAAUUUAAAGUAUAAGUUGUCAAUGUUAAACCAUCAUCUUACAUUCAUUUAAUGAAAUCAUGGCAUAGAGUAAAAACUAGCUCUUAACUUAAUAAUUAUAAUAUGGUAUUUAAAAUCAGGUCACUACAGUAGGAUUCUAAAUAUUGCCAAUUGAAAAGCCAGAAUUAUUACUGUUGCAAAGUGUUGGCAAUAAUCGACUCCAAUAGCAUUUUAAAUACUUGGAUCCCACAACUAUUUUAUAAACCCAAGUCAUAAAAUGGAUUUUCUAAUUCACUUUAAUUCUUUAUCUCUCUUCCCUAUGUCAUGGAAUAUAAGAAAAGUGUUUCAGUCACUGCAUGGGUAGAAUUAUCUCAAUGUUACUAUUUUGUUAUUUGAAAUGUCUACACAAAAUGGGUUUUAUUUAUACCAUGAUACAAUCGGUUGAGAAAUAUUUUUAAUUCUAUUUCAAUUUUAUUUCAAGGGUGGAAUACAAAAAUUACUUCUCUUAUUCUCCUCUGCCAGUAGAAAAAAAAUUAAAACACUAGAUUCAUUGAGAAAGAGAUGUAAUAAAUGGUUAAGAUUAGUAAUAAUAUCUACUGAGGUGAUUAUGGCCAGUCGAAUCACCUCUUUUCUCUGAACUUUGUAGCUAACCCUCCCAAAUCCUGAAAACAUACAAUCAUAUUUUUCUGCCCAUUAUCAACUAAAAUAUUUUUUAUUUGACAUUGAGCACCAACUGGUCCUACUGAUAAAUGCCCAUGUCAUGUGGAUGGCUGGGAAGAUAAGAGAUGCCUUAAAACACACAACUCGUUUUGGGAAACGUGGCACAACUCAGGAUAUCUUAUCCUGUGUUAUCAUUUAUUUAAUUUCCUUUGAAUGGAUAGUUGGGGACUCUCCAUUUCUAAGGAGAAUAGACAAAGAAAUAAAAUGAUCUUUGGCAUUUUA